ACCAAGAGCCGACCGCGUGCCAGGUUGUGUUCAGUUUACGGUUCUAUAGGAUGGGGUCGUUUGUCAUGCCCAGCUAAAGGGGGCGGAGUUCGCGCAGGCUCAGCACCCACAAGGGGCGCGCUGCGCGGUGCUGGGUGUGCAUGGAUGCUGGCUCCGGCCCUUUGAGGUCCGCGGGGCCUCUGCCGGGGAAUAUUCUCUCCUGCCGUCCACGAGGCCCUCACGGCGACGCCGGGCUUCUAGGCUCCUGGGCCGGGUGUGAUCCCCCAGCCCGUAGCGGAGCGAUCGGUGUCCCGGAGCGGCGGGAGCAAGCCGAGGCCGCGGCUGCCCAGGCCCGCCUGACCCUCGAGGGGGUCGCUGUUGCCUCGCGGAUCCCUCCCUCGCUCCCUGCUCGCGUCCCUCCCCGCUGCUCCCGCCGCGUCCGCCUUUUGUUCGCCGAGCCGCGCGCCCCCGAGCCGAGGCAGCGGGGCGGGGAGCUGGCGGGGCUGCGUGGGGGGCGGGCCGCGCCGGGCGGAGCCGGGGCCCUGGCCUCAGCCGGACUGGGAGUCCGAGGCGGCGAUCGCCGAGCAGGCUGCAGUCGGGGUCCGGGCGCGCUCCGGGGGCGCGGCGAGGCGGAGGGGGCGGGUACCGGGCGGAGCCGGAGUCGGAGUCGCGGCGCCUGGAGGAGAUCCGGCCGCGCGCUGCGAGCACCCAGUGGCGGAGAGGCCGCGCGGCGUGGGGCAGGGCCCGAGCGCAGCCCCCGGACGCAGGAGACCGGAGCGCAGUCGCGGCCUGAGCGGCGGGAGUGCAUCCGAGAGCCGCCGCAGGGACACCCAGGCCGGCCGCUCCAGGGCCAUGCGCGCCGCUCGCUGAGACCCGGGGAGGCCGCGAUGGAGGCGCCAGCGGGAGAGUCUUCGGCGCGAGGCUACGGCCCCCCGCCUGCGCCCGCGCCCGCCGCGGAAAGGAAGAAGAGCCACCGCGCGCCAUCGCCAGCCCGGCCCAAGGACGUGGCCGGCUGGUCCCUAGCCAAAGGCCGCCGCGGCACAGGCCCGGGUGCCGCUACAGCCUGUGGCACGGCGUCUUCGGCGAGACCGGACAAGAAGGGGCGCGCUGUGGCUCCCGGUGCCCGGGGCGCGGGGCCGCGGGUGGCCGGGGUGCGCACGGGGGUCCGCGCCAAGGGCCGCCCUCGUCCGGGUACCGGGCCCCGCCCGCCGCCGCCGCCGCCCAGCCUCACGGACAGCAGCUCCGAGGUGUCGGACUGCGCGUCGGAGGAGGCGCGCCUGCUGGGCCUGGAGCUGGCGCUGAGCAGCGACGCGGAGUCUGCCGCGGGCGGCCCGGCGGGGACCCGCACCGGGCAGCCGCCCCAGCCCGCGCCGUCGGGGCAGCAGCCUCCGCGGCCGCCCGCCUCCCCGGAUGAGCCGUCGGUGGCCGCAUCGUCGGUGGGCAGCAGCCGCUUGCCACUCAGCGCCUCGCUAGCCUUCUCCGACCUCACCGAAGAGAUGCUGGACUGUGGAACUGGAAGCUUGAUGCGGGAGCUGGAAGAGCUGCGUUCUGAGAACGACUAUCUCAAGGAUGAGAUCGAGGAGCUACGGGCUGAGAUGCUGGAGAUGCGGGAUGUCUACAUGGAGGAAGACGUGUACCAGCUGCAGGAGUUACGGCAGCAGCUGGACCAAGCCAGCAAGACCUGUCGCAUCCUGCAGUACCGACUUCGUAAAGCCGAGCGCCGCAGCCUCCGGGCUGCCCAGACAGGCCAGGUUGACGGUGAACUCAUCCGCGGUCUAGAACAGGACGUCAAGGUCUCCAAGGACAUCUCCAUGCGGCUUCACAAGGAGCUGGAGGUGGUGGAGAAGAAGCGGAUGAGGCUGGAGGAAGAGAACGAGGGGCUUCGACAGAGGCUCAUUGAGACAGAGCUGGCCAAGCAGGUGCUGCAGACAGAGCUGGAUCGUCCCAGAGAGCAUUCCUUGAAGAAAAGAGGGACCCGAUCUCUGGGGAAGACUGAUAAGAAGCCUACUGCACAGGAGGAUAGUGCUGACCUGAAGUGCCAGCUGCAUUUUGCAAAGGAGGAGUCGGCCCUCAUGUGCAAGAAACUCACCAAGUUGGCUAAGGAGAACGACAGCAUGAAGGAGGAGCUGCUCAAGUACCGCUCUCUCUAUGGGGACCUGGAUGCAGCCUUGUCCGCAGAGGAGCUGGCGGACGCUCCGCAUUCCCGUGAGACUGAGCUGAAGGUGCACCUGAAGCUGGUGGAGGAGGAGGCCAAUCUGCUGAGCCGACGCAUCGUGGAGCUGGAGGUGGAGAACCGGGGCCUGCGGGCUGAGAUGGACGAUAUGAAGGACCACGGGGGUGGCGGAGGUCCCGAGGCCCGGCUGUCCUUCUCUUCUCUGGGUGGUGAGUGCGGGGAGAGCCUAGCCGAGCUGCGGCGACAUCUGCAGUUUGUGGAAGAGGAGGCUGAGCUGCUGCGGCGCUCCUCUGCAGAGUUGGAGGACCAGAACAAGUUGCUGCUGAACGAGCUGGCCAAAUACCGCUCGGAGCACGAGUUGGACGUGACGCUGUCGGAGGACAGCUGCUCCGUGCUCAGUGAGCCUUCGCAGGAGGAGCUGGCAGCCGCCAAGCUGCAGAUCGGCGAGCUCAGCGGCAAGGUCAAGAAGCUGCAGUAUGAGAACCGCGUGCUCCUCUCCAACCUGCAGCGCUGUGACCUGGCCUCCUGCCAGAGCACACGCCCCAUGCUGGAGACCGAUGCCGAGGCUGGGGACUCUGCGCAGUGCGUGCCUGCCCCUCUGGGUGAGACUCUGGAGCCCCACGCAGGCCGGCUUUGUAGAGCCCGCGAGGCCGAGGCAUUGCCCGGCCUACGGGAGCAGGCCGCCUUGGUCAGCAAGGCCAUCGACGUCUUAGUGGCUGAUGCCAAUGGCUUCUCAGUUGGCCUCCGCCUAUGCCUGGACAAUGAGUGUGCUGACUUGCGAUUGCACGAGGCACCUGACAACAGCGAGGGCCCUAGGGAUGCUAAGCUUAUCCAUGCCAUCCUGGUGCGUCUGAGUGUCUUGCAACAGGAGCUGAAUGCCUUCACCCGCAAGGCAGAUGUGGCCUUGGGGAGCUCUGGCAAGGAGCAGCCUGAACCCUUCCCUGCUCUGCCGGCCUUGGGCUCCCAGGGGCCCGCUAAGGAGAUCAUGCUGUCCAAAGACCUUGGCUCUGACUUCCAGCCACCUGACUUCAGAGACCUGCUGGAAUGGGAGCCUAGGAUCCGAGAGGCCUUCCGUGCUGGUGACUUGGAGUCCAAGCCUGACCCUAGUCGGAACUUCAGGCCUUACCGAGCUGAAGAUAAUGAUUCCUAUGCCUCUGAGAUCAAGGAGCUUCAGCUGGUCCUGGCCGAGGCCCACGACAGCCUCAGGGGCUUGCAGGAGCAGCUGUCCCAGGAGCGGCAACUGCGGAAAGAGGAGGCUGACAGCUUCAACCAGAAAAUGGUCCAGCUGAAAGAAGACCAGCAGAGGGCGCUGCUGAGGCGGGAGUUUGAGCUGCAGAGUCUGAGCCUCCAGAGGCGACUGGAGCAGAAGUUCUGGAGCCAAGAGAAGAACAUACUGGUGCAGGAGUCCCAGCAGUUCAAGCACAACUUCCUGCUGCUCUUCAUGAAGCUCCGGUGGUUCCUCAAGCGCUGGCGGCAGGGCAAGGUUCUGCCCAGCGAGGAGGAUGACUUCCUGGAGGUGAACAGCAUGAAGGAGCUGUACCUGCUAAUGGAGGAAGAGGAAAUGAACGCCCAGCACACGGAUAACAAGGCCUGCACAGGGGACAGCUGGACCCAGAACACGCCUAAUGAGUACAUCAAGACCCUGGCCGACAUGAAGGUCACACUGAAGGAGCUGUGCUGGCUGCUCCGGGACGAGCGUCGGGGUCUGACUGAACUUCAGCAGCAGUUUGCAAAGGCCAAGGCCACCUGGGAGACAGAGCGGGCAGAGCUCAAGGGCCAUGCCUCACAAAUGGAGCUGAAGGCUGGGAAGGGUGCCAGCGAGAGGCCCGGGCCCGACUGGAAGGCUGCACUGCAGAGAGAGCGGGAAGAACAGCAGCACCUCCUGGCAGAGUCCUACAGUGCCGUCAUGGAGCUGACGAGGCAGCUGCAGAUGAGUGAGCGCCACUGGAGCCAGGAGAAGCUGCAGCUGGUGGAGCGGCUGCAGGGAGAGAAGCAGCAGGUGGAGCAGCAAGUGAAGGAGCUGCAGAACCGACUCAGUCAGCUGCAGAAGGCUGCCGAGCCCUGGGUCCUGAAGCACUCAGAUCUGGAGAAGCAAGACAACAGCUGGAAAGAGGCACGAAGUGAGAAGACCCACGACAAGGAGGGUGUUUCUGAAGCUGAGCUUGGGGGAACCGGCUUAAAGAGGACCAAAUCGGUCUCCUCCAUGUCUGAGUUUGAAAGUUUGCUCGACUGUUCCCCAUACCUUGCUGGCGGAGAUGCCCGGAACAAGAAGCUGCCCAGCAGCCCUGCUUUUGCCUUCGUGAGUGCUGAGCCUAUAGAGCCUGAGAAAGAUGCCAAGGAAAAGCCCGUGCUUCCCGCCCGGGACUGUAGCCACAUGGGUAGCCUGGCGUGUCAGGAGCCUGCAGGGAGACAGAUGCAACGCAGCUACACUGCUCCAGACAAGACGGGAAUACGUGUCUACUAUAGUCCCCCAGUGGCCCGGCGCCUGGGUGUCCCUGUGGUACACGACAAGGAGGGCAAGAUCCUCAUCGAGCCGGGCUUCCUCUUCACCACAGCCAAGCCCAAGGAGUCAGCAGAGGCUGACCGGCUGGCUGAGAGCUCCUAUAGCCGGUGGCUUUGCAAUUUCUCCCGGCAGCGGCUGGAUGGAGGAUCUGGGGCCAGCACCUCGGGUUCCGGGCCUGCUUUCCCCACGGCCUUGCAUGACUUUGAGAUGUCGGGCAAUAUGAGUGAUGACAUGAAGGAAAUCACCAACUGCGUGCGGCAGGCCAUGCGCUCCGGCUCCCUGGAGAGGAAGGUUAAGAGCACAUCCAGCCAGACAGUGGGUCUGGCCACCGUAGGCACACAGACCAUUCGGACGGUCAGUGUAGGCCUGCAGACCGACCCACCCCGCAGCAGCCUCCAUAGCAAGAGCUGGUCACCCCGCAGCUCCUCACUCGUGUCUGUGCGCAGCAAGCAGAUCUCUUCCUCCCUGGACAAGGUCCAUUCUCGCAUCGAGCGGCCGUGUUGUUCGCCUAAGUAUGGCUCACCCAAGCUCCAGAGGCGAUCGGUGUCCAAGCUGGACAGCACCAAGGACCGUAGCCUGUGGAACCUGCACCAGGGCAAACAGAACGGCUCGGCCUGGGCUCGCUCCACCACCACACGGGAUAGCCCAGUACUGAGGAACAUCAACGAUGGGCUGUCCAGCCUCUUUAGCGUGGUGGAGCACUCAGGGAGCACCGAGUCUGUGUGGAAACUGGGCAUGUCUGAGGCCCGAACCAAGCCUGAGCCUCCCAAGUAUGGCAUUGUUCAGGAGUUCUUCCGGAAUGUGUGUGGCCGGGCACCGAGCCCCACUACUGCAGCAGGCGAGGAGAGCUCCAAGAAACCAGAGCCCCUUUCGCCAGCCAGCUACCAUCAACCUGAGGGUGUAGCCAGGAUCCUGAAUAAGAAGGCAGCCAAGGCAGGUGGUAGUGAAGAGGUCAGACCCACUAUGCUGUCCCAGGUGGGGAAGGACGGUGCCCUUCGGGAUGGAGAUGGAUCCUUAAUCCUUCCCAGUGAGGAUGCUGUCUGUGACUGUAGUGCCCAGUCGCUUGCCUCCUGCUUCAUCCGCCCAUCCCGAAACACCAUCCGUCACUCUCCUUCCAAGUGCAGGCUGCACCCUUCAGAGUCAAGCUGGGGCGGGGAGGAGAGGGCAGCUCCCCAGUGAGGCACAGAGCAGCCAAGCUCCUGCUUCAAGCAGCCCAGACCCUGGAGAUGAGGCAAGGGGUCAUGUCCUCAGCCUCAAUCCAUCCAGGAGGAACAGCAGCUGUGCCACUGCCAGGGAAGAGCUUUCACAUUAAGGUAAAGCGAGGUGUCUUGCUGACUGCUGGGAAGUGACCUCUGAUUUCCAGGGCAAGGCAGUGAGCAAGGAGAAAGACUAAACCUGGGUGACCAGAACUGGGCCUCAAAAGCACCCGAAGAGCUUAGCAAGUCAGCUCUGGAUCCUCAAGGGGGCCUGGUACCACCCAUACCACGUCUUAGAAGGAUCCAGAAAAAGAGACAUUUCUGGCCAGGCUCUAGGAACAGGGCUGGCAGAGAUGCUCCCUACUGACCACAUGUGGAGGAGAAGCCACUGUGAGGAUUCCACUCUGCUUAAGGCCCAGCUCGAGGCUCUCAGAAGAGCUGGGCCUGGGUGUGACUGUCACUUCUUGCUCCCUCCUCUCAUCCCUGCUGCUCUGGUUGCUAGGCCUUCUUGGAGUAGGGAAGGGGAACAUGAUAGAGCAGAAUUCAGGGCCAAGUCCACUUGGAAUCCUGGAGCCCUGGAUCCCCCUGCCUGUGCCCAUAUGUAGCAAGAACCAGGAGGCAGGUAGGAGUACAUAAGGUUCAGAGUAGCAGGCCAGAAGUGCCAACUCCUUUGUCCUAGGGACUUGAAGGUCCAACUUCCGUAGGAGACUCGAUGAGAACAGAAAAGGGUAGCACCCAUCUCAACAGCUGAGGUAAAUGCCUACAUGCCAUGCCCUCCUCCCUAGGACCUUUUUCUUGGUAGCAGGGAUGGGUACCACAAUCUUGCAGCAGGCAGAGGGCAGAAAGGCUCCCUGGGAGAGACUGUUAGUUCAGACCAGAGAGAGCGCCAAGAGGCCAGUGUCCCGGGACACAGCCCAAGACAAGGGCCUACAUUGUUUAUUGACUAGAUUGUUUAUUUGAAUUUUUCAUACUAUAAAUAUUUAAGGUGAUUUACUUUAUUUUAAUAAUUUAACUUAUCCCCUCCCACCUCAGAGCCCCUAAGGUAAUUUAUUAGAGGUAUUCUUGCCUCUGGGACAGUGUGGGGCUUGUGACACCAUGGAGUCCUCCAUGUGGUUGAGGCAGCUCAGCACCAGACUCAGGUCUUCUGGUUUUGUCAGAAGGGCCCUCGGCAGAGCAGGGGCUCUGCACCUUGUUCCUCCAAUACCACCGGCCGUUUAGUCUCAGAGUGCUACACUUUCCUCAUCGCCCGGUACUUGGCCCGGCCUCCACAGGCCAGACUGUAAAUGCUUCAGACCAACGGCAGGCCAGAAUGAUGUCCUCACUCCCCAGACAUCACCCAUGAUCCUUUUCAUCCCGUCCUUCCCUCCAACACCUCUUCUCAUGAGUCAAACAGAUGACUGCAGCUCUGUUCCGAGCACAGUGACCCUCCCACGUUCCCGAAGUUAAGAACUCGCAGGAAAACAGGACGGGACUUGUAGAAUGUUGUCUAUUGCAGCUUUGCACAUGGAUCUGAGAGUGUCUACCAGCCUGCCAGCCUGUUCACCAGCCCUUCUCUUAGCCUUAUAGCCACUCAUGGCUCCUCAAACCCAAGCUCUACUGCCUGUCCUUCCUGCACCCCUAGGAGUCGCCUGAACCACACCAGUAUAACUCAACUGCGGCAUGGGGAGGGCUCAUAUGCCUCCCCUCGGUGCCAAGGAACCAAUGUCAGUUGUACACAUGCGAUGUGCCGCCCUCCUGUUCCUGACCGGGGACCCGGAUUCAUCCAGGGAUGGAUUAGCUUUUGUGCAGAGGUCCCCUCGGAAAGGCAGAGAGCCAGCUGCAUAGCUGGUUUGCUCCAGGACUAGGGAGCUGCCUCUACACUCCCACCUACCUGUACCCAGGCUAUCUUCUUAGAAACACCUGGGCCAGUUACCCAAAGCCCCUCGACCCCAUUCCCUAUGGGCAGUUUAUCAGGGUCAGUGCUUUCCAACAGCUGUUGACUCAUGCCCAGUACCUUGCGUGGGCAUAGUCAGCAGGCCAGUGGACCGUGGGCCAGGUCCCUCCAGGAUGCUACUGCUCUCCUCUAAGAGGUCAGAGGCCCCUUUAACAUUAUUUCUAACUGAGGGGACCACACCAGGCCACAAGCCACCAGAGGCCUUCUGCCACCUCCCAGAGCUGCUGAGAGCUUGGGAGGCUUGGAGAAAAGUCCCCGUAGUCCUGAACCUCAGGGCUUAGGGGCCGUUCAGCCUUACCACCGUCUCUGUAUGGGUUGCGCAUUUCCACUGUCUCAGCACCUGGCUCCUGUGGCCCCCCAACAGGUGUUGCAAGCUCCAGGUCUUGUUUUUCAGUCCCCGUUUCUAAUUCUUGCUUGCCACCGUGCAAGACCGCUUGUCACUGUCCCUGUGGAAGCCUCUGGACAUAGGGCUCGAUGGGGUUGAAAAUGUUCCGUGUAAAUAUUGGUUUGGUUUGAUCUUUAGCAUUUUACUUGGUAACUGGUUCUGUUUUCUUUGGGGGUGGGGUGGAAGGGUUGGUUUGUAAAUCUCUCUACUCUUUUGAAAUGUAAUUUCUAAGUUUGUUUCUUCAAAAUGCCUUUUAUGUCUUGGUAACAUUCCCAAAGCAGAAAACUGCCUGGCUUCCAUGGGGCAUGCCCCUUGAGGCCUGGGGGGUCAUGGGAAGGAGCUCUGCCCUUCUUCCUGCCUGUGUUCUCUCUAUUCACCUCUUCUUUCCUCUUCUUCCUCUUUCUCUUCUUCCUCCUCUCCCUCCUCCUCUUCCACCCUCUCCCCCUCCUCCUCCUCCUCUUCCUUCUUCAGCUUCUACUCUACUUCCUGAACCAAUGUCCCAAGGAGCCCUGGGGUCCCAUCCUCUAAAAGAUUGCCUGGCUUGUGCCCACAGGGUUGACACAGGUUGGCUGGGGGCAUGAGGGUGAGUUAAGUUACAUGAGUGAAACCAAACUAUGUCUCACCUCUUCCCAGGGCUAAACCAAAUGAGACCAUCUCAGAGGCAGUGGUGACUGGUGUUGAAAUGAGAGUCAGAGCUCUUUGAGGCCCCUGACUGAACAAGGCCUCAGCAUCCCUUCCCCUUUGCCCCGUAGCCUUCUUCCCAGUCCUUCUCCCACCAAGGCUGGCCUCUAAAGAUCUUGUUCUUUAGGAGCUCCGAUUGGGCUAUGUCUCUUGGCCUCUCCGGGGACAUUCAUUUACCAGCUGGCCUCCGGUGACAAAACCGAGUACUUGAAAGACUUGACCUUCUUGGCACCACCAUGCUGCACUAUGUAUCUUUCAUAGUCACAUCUGCCUCUCAGCUUUGUCCCUUCCCCAGGCUUCUUACCACUCACCCAGAGUUCCAGCCUCAGUUGCUCACUGCCUCCCUCUCCCUCCUCACUGCAAUAGCAAACAUCCCUCCAACCGUCCUCCCUGGAGCACCGUAUUGUUUAGAGGUCACAGCACCAUCUCCUCAUCCCUCCUUAGUCUCUCAAGGGCAACUCUUGAGGGGCAGUUUUGACAGGACAGGGCUUAGUGUUCUCAUUCUACAAAGGGGAAAACCGUUUUUUUGCCCUGGAGCCCUGAACCAGGAAGUCAUCAACUUUAAUAGCUGGGUUCUUCCCUGCUUUCUGUACAAACUCACUGGGACGCUGGCUAGAUUCAAAGCAUCCCAAACUCGCCACUGCCAAACCCAGAGGCAGGCUUUCAAUUCUGGACCUUUGUUCCGGAGGGUAGCCCAGGGACCACUGCACCCAAACCUCUGAGAGCAAGUUCUUGGUACAGAUUUCCAGACCUGACCCCAGCCUCUGGACAGAGGUCCUGUGGGUUUAGCCCCCUGGAGAUCCUUAAGCACCAGUGACCAGUGUUAACAUUCAAAAUUCCAGCCAUUCAUAACUCUUGCAUUUUGAGUUAGUGCUCAUAGUGUAGGUCCUGAACGAGAGCCCUGAGCACUGAGCUGUGAUUUGGGGGGGGUGAGGGUGUCGUAGACGAACUCUGCUUUGGGUAAAUUAUUCCAAGGGUUUUCAAAGGGCAUCAAAAACAGUCUUCCAUUUUAGUCAUGUUUCAUUAAGCAAAGCUAGAAAGGCUGGUUAAUCCUGGCCUUUAAUCCUGGCUACUUGGGAGGCAGAGACAGGAGGAUCACGUUCAAAGCCUGUUUGGGAAAUGGAGUGAGUUCAAGGUCAGCUCUGGCAUUUUUCUGAGGUCUUAUCUCAAGGAUUUUUGAAAGUGGUGGUAGCUCAGUGGUUGAUGCUUGCUUCACAUGUGUGAGCCCUGGGUUCUCUCCCUACUCUUGGAAAACAAACAAAACUGGGAAAAUCAGAGGAUGAGAACUAAGGACGUGUGUCACAGGAGUAGAGCACUGCCAAGGAAAAAGAAAAAGAAAAACAAUUAUUCCCCCAGUCUACCUGCUAUAAUCCCCAUAAUUACCAAAUUUAAAUUAUUCUCCCUUCCUCCCCCUGUUUUUUGUUCGUCUGUUUUUGUUUUUAGACACGAUCUUGCUGGGUAUCCCUAUCGGAUCUGGAAAUUGCUGUGUAGACCUUAAAUUUGUGGUGAUUUUUCCUGCCUCUGCCUCCCACAUUCUGGAAUUACAGGCAUGCGCCACCAUACCCAGCCUUCAAUUUCAUUCUCGAGUUUCCUAGAGGCCAUGGUAAGAAGAGAAGUAAGUCGGGCCUUUAUCUCUUUCAUCAGCCAAUCAGGAUCGCUCCCAGAGACAAACCAAUGUAGAACCUGAGGUCUCUUUAAAGACCCUGGAGCUGAUUGGUGUAAUACCAGGUUAGCCCAAGAUGAGACGAGUUUUCCAGAAGACGAUUUACAAAAUAAUAAACUGCCACCAGUUUGAAUGACUUUGGCCAAAUCACAUGGCUAGUCUAUGCCUCAGUUUCCCCAGCUAUAAAGUGGUGGCUGUGGAGAAGACCAAAUACAUGAUGCCUGUUCCUUUAAGAAAAGCUGAUGAAAAAAAAAAAAUGGGCUGGAGAGAUGGCUCAGCCGUUAAAGGCUAGGCUCACAACCAAAAAUAUAAGAAAAGCUGAUGCAAAUCUGUAUAAAUCUGAGUGAAUCUGACCAUACUAUAGCCAUUGAGCCCCUCAGUAGCCUGUACCUCCUUCCCUCAUUGGCCUUAAAUGGACAGGGACCGGAGGAGAAGCUCGCCAACCUGCUCACAAUUUAAAACGCUACUGUUGUCCUUUUGUGUGCGUAUGUGCAGGAGUUUGCACAAGCUGGGAAUGAGACUCAGAGCCUAGUGCAGGCGAGGCAAGCAUCUUACCACAGAAUUACGUCUCAAGCACCUAAGAGGCUUUUUAACAAGUAUUUACUUUGCGACAGAGGCUCUUGUAUCAUUAGUUGGCCUCCAACUCACUAUCCAAGGAUGAGCUUGAACUCUUUCUGCCUCUGUCACCGUUGGCAUUUGCUAUCACCCCGGCCCUAAGUGUCCUUUACAUUCUCAAUACUGUGUUAGCCACCGCUGUCUCCAGAACUUCUUCUUGGCCCCAAACUGAAAUACCACACCCCCAUAAUAAUUCCUAACUAACCUACACAGUGACUCCCACUUCUGCCCCAGGCCGGGUGACCUCUGGUCUGCUUUCUCCCUUCUUCACUGGCCUGUUUUAGGUACUCAAGUAGAUAGACCCCAGUAUUUAUCAUCUGUGUCUCACCACUUUGUGUUUUACAUGUGGACAAGGGCCCGUGGAUUGCCCAAGGCCUCUGAGCAAGGGGCCAGCACAUCCCAGAGCUCCUGACUCACCGAAGAUUCUAUACAUAGUGAUUGAGGGAUGCUCCGGGGGUGUAGCUGAACCCCCAUCUUUGUUGGGGUUCACUUUCCUCCUCACACACCUCCCCUCCUCCUUCAUCAUUAUCCAUAGUCUCCCUCCUGUCACUACUUCUUAGCUGGUUCCUGCCACCAGAUGAAGUGGUCCUAGCCUAGGGCCAGGUUUUCUUUGGAGCCCUAGGCUCUCUAUAGCACUAGCCCUCAGCCUCCUGUGUCCUCUUAAGUACUGUUCCCUCCUGUGGAUUUGUGUGUGACCUCGGCUGUCUCCUCCCUGUGCCAACAAACUCACAUGCUCACCUCAUCGGGGAAGUGGCAUGUCUGUCUUCCGAUUCCAAGGUUUGCUCUCAGAUCUGGAAUUAUCCCGUCUUGUGUUAAUUUUGUGUUUUCUCUCACUAAAGCUAACUGCUUCUUCCAUGGAUCAUACUUCUCCAUCUCUUCCAGUCCUCCUCCUCAGACUCAUCACUCUCUGCCUCCUGUCUUCCCUGUCCUCAGUCUCCCAAUAACAUCACCUUCCACUGGGAGGAUGCAUAGUAGACACGGACAGACUUGCUAUUUGUUCAUCCUUGAGUCUUCUCUUUCCACUUUUUGUGGCUUUGGUAUAAAGUGGGGCAAGCUUGACCUCUCUUUCUUUUGUUUUGUGCCUCUCUGUCCAUCCCAUCAGCUCUCCCCUGCAAAUCAGCUCAUCUCGGCAGAACCAAAUCCCCUGAACCAACAGCAUCUGCAGUUUGCAGAAUCCAUAGAUCCAUGAGAGGGGACCGAGGACAUGGUCCUGGGCCACAGUCCCUGCUCCAGGCUUUCCACCUGACCACUUUCCUUCCUCAUGCCCCUGGGACCAUCCUCUUCUCUCUGCCUACCCCAUUGACCUGGCCUCCCCUUCCUGCCCUUCACUAGCUUCCCGGUUUUCUCUGAAUAUCCUGGAAGAACUGAGGCAGUUGAGUCCGGCUUCCUUGUCACACCACAUGAAAAGCCACCGGUGCCACUUCUAUGAAGAGAGACCUCAGCUGGCAAUCUGGAAACCUAUCCCAAGUUUGAGCCUCCCCUUUUAUGGUCCUCAUAGGAGCACUAGGAUGACCCUAUGGACCCCAAAUAUCCUUUGGGUUUUGGGGCUCUGGAGCCUCCCCUGGAUCCACUGGGCCCGGACAACCCUUGUUCUUCUCUUGGCUCAACCACUGAUCUCUGUGCCUUAGUUUACUUCUCCACCCAGGGGGCAUCUAUCCAGACCUCUUGGUGCCUCUGCAACUGGACAUUGCCAACGUGGCUUCCUUGGGAGGUACCAGGUUGCCAAGGCGGCUGGGGCACCACUGACAACUCCAUUCCCACAGUGGAAACAUCACCAGGAACAUUGACAGAAGUGAAGAUUGUUGGCCCCACUGAAGCAGACCCAGCAGGCUGGGGUACGAAAGAGCCUCCAGUCGUUCUGAUGUGGACAAGUUUGCCAACAGCAAGGUUGUGGCCCCAGGUGAGCUUUCAGUGCAGCUUGGGCAGGAACUGGGGCUGGCCUGAGCCAAGGACAAGGGGAAACAACCAGUCAAUGGGAGUCCUAGAUUCAGGGCCUCUGGCCCCAAACAAAACAACACUUUCCUCUUUCUGGAAGCUGGAGUGAGGGCAGCAGUCUUGAAGUUUUCCUAUUAUCUCUUUGGCUCCAUUUCAGCCCAGCUCACCAUCCCCACUUUCAGGAUUUUCAGGAAAGCUGCAUAGCUGAUCACAGCAGGCAAGGGGGAGGGAGAGUCCCUGGAAGCAGGAGGCAAGAAGGACCCUUUUCAUUUAUCCAUUUGAAUCCUCACCAUUGCCAGAGGGCCUCUAUCCAAAGGGAAAGAAAGAAACCCAAGGCUGCAAGAAGAAAAUCCUGUGUACACUCCCAUGCUGCACCUCCUCAUCCUCCUGAUUCCAGGGACUCCAUGUAGACAGUGCCAAAAAUCAGUCCCAACCCCCAGUGCCUAGGGAAGAGCUAGAGCCUUUCCUCUCCAUCUUGCUCCCCUCCUCAACCUGGCCAAUACUGUGAAGCCCCUUCCUGCUCAGCCUGGUUUCCUGGUGAGGGUCCUGCAGUCGUGGGCCCUGCCGGACCCCUCAGGAGGGAAGGGACCAAGGGCAUCCUUGGGCCAACUAUCCACCUCUCCCUUCCUCUGUUCUGUCCUCCUCCUCUCCCUUCCACUGCCCCCCUCCGCCUUUCUAUCUUUAAAGGCUCCUUCCCAGGACAUAUUGGGUGGUAGGACGGCAUCUAGUCCACCAGCUGUCUUUGCCCUGUGUCUUAUUUCAGAUAUGAGAACUGUACAGUGUAAACUUACAAAGUGUUUUUAAUGGUUGUAGAUUGGAAAUAAAGUAUGUCAUAUAAA